ACAGCCGUCGUUACGGCUCCACUUCUCGCGGAGCGAAGUUACAUCGUGAACCAGCAGCGAAACGUUGUGUAAUGCGGGGAGCAGCGCGGUGACCUCCGCCGGCAGAGCCUCCGCGUGGUGGAAAACACCCCGUGUGUCUCGACAGGAGCUGCUGGUGCCAGCUUUUUGGAUCACGGCUCGUGUUUUUAUUUUUAUUUUUCUUCUUCGGAUUUCGUCAGUUUCACAGACGCUGGUGGCGGCGAUGGAGAAGAGACUCGGCUGGCAGCGGGGCGCAGCGGGCCUCCAGCCGGCCCUCGCACAGCAGGGCUGAGGAGCUGCAGAGGUGUGAGGAGUUUCCCGAGGACACUCCGCCCUCCUGGCCUUCCUCAGAAUCCUCUCGGCUGUUUCUCUCGCCGUCAUCCUCGUCGUCACCUUUGCUGAAAUUUAAGAGGUCAUCCGUGGUAGUUUCUUUAAAGUUGCUCGAUUCACAUCUGAUUCCAGCCUCCUCCUCCUCUGGCGCCCCUGAACAUCGUUUGAUGUCCUCCUGAAUCUGGACCAUGAGGACCACCCGAUCGAGCCUGCUGCUGGGCUGCAUGCUCCUCUGCUCCGCCUCCCUGAUCUACCUGGGCAUGAGCGGGAUAGACUGCCCGCCGAAAAGCCAUCGGUACAGGUGGAUGGAGCUCAACAUGGGCUCAGCCAAUCAGAGCUUAUCCCCGAAUGAACAUUUCCCCGAAGACACGCCCCUCAUCUUCAUCGGAGGCUUUCCCCGGAGCGGCACCACGCUGAUGCGCGUCAUGCUGGAUGCCCACAAUGCCGUCCGGUGCGGGGAAGAGACCCGAGUGAUUCCCCGCCUCCUGGCCAUGCGGGCCACCUGGAGCCGCUCGGUCAAGGAGAGGAUACGGCUGGAUGAGGCCGGCGUCACCGACCAGGUGUUGGACUCAGCCGUGCGAGCGUUCCUGCUCGAGGUGAUCGUCGGCCACGGGGAGCCUGCGCCUCGCCUUUGCAACAAGGACCCGUUCGCCUUGAAGUCUCUCUCAUAUCUGUCACGCAUCUUCCCGAAAGCCAAAUUUGUCCUCAUGCUACGAGACGGACGGGCAACCGUCCACUCCAUGAUAUCACGCAAGGUGACCAUCUCCGGCUUUGACCUGACCAGCUACAGGGACUGCCUGACUAAGUGGAGCAGCGCGGUGGAGACCAUGUUCAGCCAGUGCCAGGCCGCCGGCGAGUCCAGGUGUCUGCCCGUCCGCUACGAGCAGCUGGUCCUCCACACGGAGGAGGAAAUGAGGAAGUUGCUUCACUUCCUGGAGCUGCAGUGGGACCCAUCAGUGCUGCACCACGAAGAGCUGAUUGGAAAGGCUGGUGGCGUGUCUCUGUCCAAGGUGGAGCGCUCCACAGACCAGGUGAUGAAGCCGGUGAACACCGACGCCCUCUCCAAGUGGGUCGGUCACAUUCCCCCCGACGUGAUCGGCGACAUGGCUGAAAUCGCCCCCAUGCUGGCUCGCCUGGGCUACGACCCCUACUCCAACCCUCCCGACUACACCAGAGCGCAGCCCAUGGUGCCUCUGUUCAACGCCUCACAGAAUUUGAAGUCCCCAGAGACUCCACACCCGAGUUAAGCGAAAGAGAAAACUUUGGCGUCGGUGCUCCACGAUAUUGAUGCACCUUAAAGACAGACUUCCAGUUCAGCAGUAAUUACACCUCACGGGAAAUUUUUGAAAGUGUUCCAUGUGUAUUUUUGGAUUGUUUGUAAGACUAAUGUGCGGUGUUAGUGUCUGAACACUGUAGAGCGACUCAUCAUGUGGUUUGGGUUUUAUAUCUCAUGUGGAAUACCUGCUCGAGAUGGUUUGUCCAACAUUUCCUCAGAGCUCAACAGACAGUAUUAACGUCCUCUCCUCUCGUACCUGAAAGUAUUUCUAUCCGUCUGUAAAGUUGUAUGAUUCAGCACAAAUUUGACUGACUUUAGACUAAUAAUUCACUUACUGAGAGUUCAGUCAGUGUUUAUGAAGCAUAAUGACUGUAUAUUUUUAAAGAUGUAUUUUAUUUUCUUAAUAAAUUAUUUUGGUGUUGACUAUUCAUUCUGGAAUCUCCGAAUUUAGGUUUUUUUGUUGUAUAUUGUUGGUCAUGAAUAAAAAGUCUGAAUGUC